GGGAUAUUUCAGAUAUUUAUCUUUAUUAAUGAUGUUCAUUCGUAUUCUGUUUUCUAAUUUUCCUCAAGCAAUGAAUGCUGAUGAAUGCAUUAUAUACAUAUUUUUUUUAUAUUAUCAGGCAUUAUAUAAAAUUAUUAGUUUUUGCUGCCCAAACCUACUUUGACAACUAGACUAUACUUCACUUUCAUAACAUGGACACGUCUGUAACAGGUAAACACGGUCUUCACUUGUGCCCAUUAUAUUUAAUCUGCGGAGGACUGGCUUGAUAUCAUUAUCGAGAACCUGCAGUGUCAUUUAUUUCUUUAAGUAUUUUCAUUAUUUUUAUUUAUUUAACGAAGUGUUUAUUAAAGAUAAACGAUGUGUGUUAACGGCAUGUAAAAAAGUUGACCAUAUUGUGGAAUUUUAGGGUUAACGAUUUAACGGUUUUAUUAAAGGAAACAGCGUUGACUGACCUGUAAAAUCUCCGGCCUAUCGUAAAUGGCGUUACCUCUCCGUUAACGAUUUAACGGUUAACGGCGUUAAUUUUUGGCUCACGAUGCCCAACACUGAUGCUACAUCGCUAUCCCCACGUGUCUUAAGCUUCCUCAUUAAUUCGCCUUUUCAGUUCUCAGCUUCCCUGCCAAACUUCAUCACCCCAGCACGCACUGCCGCUGCCCUGAGUUCUGAGUGAUGGCGGGGCAGGCAAGCAACGGCGUCAACUGCAACCUGGUGUUAGCGGCGCUGCUCACCUCUGUCGGUGGAUUCCUUGCAGGCUACGAGGUUAUUUUGUUUUCCGCAUGUCUCAUUCACAUCAGGGAGGAGCUCCAUCUGACGGUCCUGUGGCUGCAGAUCCUCGGUGCCAUCAUUUACAUCGGCGGAUGUGUUGCAAGCCUAUCAUCAGGAGUAUUGUCAGAGUUUUUUGGUCGGAAGUUUGUGAUAAUUUCGUCCAGCGUGACCUACAUCGUCGGGGCGGUGGUGGUGGCCACUUCGUACACUCAACAGCAGAUCCUGGCGGGCAGACUCAUCACGGGCCUUAGUUUGGGUGCCAUUACCAUGUGUGUGCCCAUCUUCUUGAGCGAGAUCUCCACCACCACCAUAAGGGGGCCCAUCACAAUCCUCUACUACGUCCUCUUCAGCCUUGGUCUGCUGGCGGUGACGCUCAUGGGAGCAAGUUUAUCAACAUUACCACAAGGAUGGAGAUAUAUGCCUGUGGUUGGAAGCUUCGUGGCUCUACUGCAGUUCGGUUUCUUCUUCUUCGUUCCAGAGAGCCCUCGAUGGUUAAUCUCUAGAGGAAGGGUGGAGGAGGGUCGAGAGGUACUACUUUCCCUACGACUCAAGAAUUAUCCAUCAGAGGCCGAGGUGAACUCUAUUAAAGCUGACGUGGACGCCAACGUUGACAAGCGAGGUUUCCGGAAUCUCUUCAAGGCCGCCUCUGUCCGCAAGGCGCUGCUGGUGGGGUCGCUGCUACAACUGUCCCAGGCCUUCUCGGGCUUCUUCACCAUCACGUUGUACAGCACCACCAUCGUCACCAUGACCGGGCUGGCAGGACGGACGGGUGCCAUGUGGGUGGUGACCGGCAUUGUGAGCGUGGGCUUGUGUGGACUGGUAGUGGGGCUGGCACUGGUGGAGAGGGUGGGUCGCCGCCCCCUCGUGCUAGCCUCCCUGCUAGGCAUCGCCAUCUCCCAUUUGUUCGUGGCCAUCACCCUCCACGUGUUGUAUGACUACAGCCCUGGCGUCCAGCUGCCGGCCGCCGACCCUCAGUGUGAGGCCAAUACGUGUUCCAGUUGCAUCUACAGGAGUGGGUGCGGCUUCUGCUUCUCGGGCGGGGCGGGCGACGAGCAGGACACCGCCUGCGUGUUGGCCGACUCUGCCGACUAUUAUCGUCGCGCCGUGUCCGGGUCGUGUUCCAACGCCACGUUGCUGGGCGAGGGCGCCUACACCUUCGCCUACAAGUGGUGUCCCCACCCCCAGACGUGGCUCAUCCUCUUCGGCAUAUCACUCCAAAUCUUCUUUUAUUUCCUGGGGGUGGGUCCGCUGGCGUGGACUAUCAACAGCGAGAUCUUCCCUUGGUGGACUCGCUCCAUGGCAGUCAGCAUCACCAGCGCUGUCAACUGGGCCGGCUGCUGCGUCCUCGGGCUCAGUUUUCUCUCGCUCAUGGAGGCCAUCUUCAUGCAUGGAGUGUUCUACCUACUGACGGGGGUGAACCUUGUGUUUCUGUUGGUGUUCUACUUCAUCCUGCCGGAGACGGCGGGCGUGAGUCUGGAGGACAUGGAAAAGCUCUUCAGGAUGCAUCUCGGAACACUCGGCCUGAAGAAGAACCGUGUGGCAUCCGAGUGA